AUAUAAAGUGUGUAUAACGGUCUUGGUUAAUUGUCUUGACGAGCCUUCAUUAAGCGGAGAGAUGUUGAAAAGCACCCCCGUGCGCUGAUGUUAAGUUUGGCUAACUCUGGCUUCAGUGUAUAAUACCUGCGCGGUUUGAUUCAUUGUGGCGAGGAAUAGAAUGGUCGCAGUAGGUUUGUCCACUUUCUCUACAAGUGCCGUCCCACACCUCGAAGUUAUGUAUUUGAAAUUAAAUCAAAGUUGGAUUUUAUAUGCAAUCAAUUGGGAAUAACAAUUAAAUGUGCUCUUAAAAUGGCCAUAAACAUGCUGUGUUUCUUGUUGUGGAAUGAAAAUUUAGCUACAGAAGAAUUCAGGCUGAUUCAUCGAGAUUAUGGUCUAUCAUUGGGAUAAUACCUGUAUUACCAUACUGCACUGGUAUACCCAACAAUGGUGGAGUCUUCGUUCAAACUAUCUCAUGGAUCAGUAUGAAUGAAUAAGCUAAAUCCACAAUUAGUAGAAAAUCUUGAGUUGUUUUCAAUGUCAGAUAUUUUGAAAUAUGAAUUUGAAAACUCGCAGGGAAAGCCAGGGGAUUUAUCCAGACUUUUGAUUGACAGUUCUCGGGCUGAAGGCACUAACGAGAACGCAGAGUUGACUGUCUGAAUGUCUUUGUUGCUGUUUUACUGCUGCAAGGUUGAAGAAGAUGUUUGCUGUUUAUGAAUGAUUUCUGCAUGAUUACUGACGAUGCAACAACAGAAUCGGCCAUCAUGGCACGUCAAGAACCUCGGAAUGGUGAAUCGAGUGCACCUGGUAUGGUUACAAGAGUAUGUGUUGUUGGACAACAUAAUCAGAACAAUGAAGCACUCAAUAAUGCUUUAAAGAUGCUAGAUGUUGAAGUGAUAUAUUCUGAUGAUGGCAGAGACAUUGCAGAUGCCUCAUGCAUGUCUGAUGCAGUUGAAGUUGUAUUUUUGUGUGAGCCUUUUGAGGGAGAGAAUUUUGACUAUCUUUGGAAAGAGGAUCAUCGCAUUGUUGGACCUCCUGUUGUAUUCAGUUGUGCUGAAGAAUGUCAACCAUUGCCAUGUUCCUCAAGACCUCUCUAUUGUACCUCAAUGUCAAAUAUUGUAGUCUGCUUUACGGGAUUUAAAGAGAAGAGUAAACUGUCUAAAUUGUGUGCGUUGGUUCAUUUCAUGGGUGGAAGUGUGCGAAGAGAUUUCAAUGGCAGAGUCACCCAUCUUGUUGCUAAUUCUGUUCAUGGAGAUAAAUAUAGGGCUGCUGUUGGAUUAGGAACCUGUAUUAUGACUGAAGAGUGGAUCCAUCAAUGUUGGGACAUGCGAACUAACCUGACAUGGAGAGCUGAUAAUGAAGAAAUGAUGGAAUAUAAACUUCCGCCAUUUUUUGACUGUUGUUUGACGUUCUUUGGCUUCUCUGAAGAAGAAAAAGCUCACAUGGAAGAAACCACAAUUGAACAAGGUGGUACGUUUUGCAGUCUUGAGGAUAAGAUAUUUACUCAUGUGGUUGUUGAAGAUGGUGUUCAAGAUGUACCACAGGAAGCAAUAGACCUGGCACAAGUGAAAAUUGUGAAACAAGAGUGGUUUUGGGCGAGUAUUCAAGUAGAUGCUUGUGCAGACACGGCUUUGUAUCUCUUCAAGCAGCUCCAUACCGAGCCUUUACUUCGAUCAUGUGGAACUCCGUCGAGCAACAAGAAAAGUCGAAAAAGACGGCGUAUGAAGGAGACUGACGUAAUGGAACUUCUUUCACCCAACUCUUCUUGUCAUGCAGCAAAACGAAGAAGUGGUGAUGUAUUAUCCGUGAGUUCAUUCUCUGGUUCAUUACUGGACGUCACUAUGGCAUCGCCAGGAACUCCAAAAGAUGAUUUGUUUGGUACACCCAGUGGCCAAAUGACACCCCGACAAGCAACGCCGGCAAACGUCAUCUCACCUUUAAAACCAAAAACAGCGAGACAUCAAGUCGCUCUUGAACUUCUGCAGACGGAACGAAAUUAUGUCGAAAUACUCAAUACAAUAUUGAAGGUUUUUAAAAUGCCUUUGGAACAAGAAGAUCAGCGAGCUGGACCAAUCCUCGCACCAGAAGAAAUCAAAACGAUUUUUGGAAGUUUACCAGAUAUCCUGGAAGUGCAUCAUAAAAUGAUGAUGGAAUUGGAAAAGAUGUUAUCCUCGUGGACGGAAGAUAAGUGCAUUGGAAAUAUCAUUUUGAAACAUGCUGAUGUUCUCAUGAAAGUGUAUCCGGUUUUUGUGAAUUUCUUCGAAAUGAGCAAAGAAACGGUUGUUAAAUGCGACAGGGAGAGACCGCGAUUUCAUGCUUUUCUAAAGAUUUGCCUCGGAAAACCUGAGUGUGGGCGACAAACGCUGGCAGAAUUGUUGAUUAGACCUGUCCAAAGACUUCCAAGCAUGAACUUACUUCUGACCGAUCUUCUAAAGCAAACGAAGAAAGCAGACUCCGAUAACCCUGAUAUAGUCCCACUUGGCAAGGCUAUAGAUGCUCUUAAAACCGUUAUGACACAUGUCAACGAGUAUAAACGUAAGACCGACAGUCAGGUGCAAAUGUUUGAAAUAAUACAAGAUAUCGACAACUGUCCGCCAAACAUUUUAUCUUCGCAUCGUGCAUGUAUUGCGAAAAUGGAUGGAUUUGAACUGAGUGAUGUGUUCUGCGGUAAAACACAACCUGUUACGUUGUUCUUAUUCAGUGACAGUCUUGAGGUCACUAAAAGACGUGCUGGUGUAACCAAAAGCAGUUCUGCCCAUUUUCCUAUGAAAAGUCCAGCAAGCAAAACACCACAAAGGGCGUACAAACAUCUGGAGUUUAUUCCACUGUCACAAUUACGAAAAGUCGUUGAUAUUAAGGAGACUGAAGAGAACCACGAUCUGUUUGGUUUCAUGUACCGUUCAAGUGAUAUGAUUGAAAGAUUCGCGAUGCUGCGUCUUGUUCCAGACGAGAUUACCAAGGAAGCAUGGCUGGAGAAACUCGUCACUGGUCUGGCAAAUGCCACUUCUAUCACUAACAGAGCGGACUGCAUUACGACAUUGGAUGCCAGUACGUUAGCUCUAACCAAAAGUGAUCUUGCUUUAACAAACCAAACUAAAAUUGGUCGAGCCGUGAGGGUUGCAAAGAAAACGACAAAGAAAGUUAGUCGGGCAUUUUCAAUGAACAAAACUCCACGAAGUAAAGUGAAUGUUGUGAAACGUUCCAACUCAAAUGUAUCGCCUGGAGGGAUGUCAUUAGGUUGUGGAAGUCCACUUCAACCUUCUACAAGAGAAAAUUUGCGAUCACGACUUCUUGGUACUUGCGAUGAGUCGACGGGCAAAGAACUACGAUCUAACUUGAAGGUGAUGAGCCAGUACAUGAGCUCACCUUCAUUAUUGCCCGGUAAAACAUAAUUCAUCAAGUUGCACCUUCGUAAAAGCUCACUGGUCCUUCGCAAAGAGACACUGUAAAAGUGUAGAGGUUGCCCUGUAAAUAUAUUGCUAAUUACUAAUUGGUGUCACCCAUGAAACAACAUAUAAAAAUCAAAUAAAUUAAAAUAUAUCCUUUAGACAUACCAAAUCAGCUGGCCAAAUUGCACUGCUAAAUAGAAUAUCUAAUUUUUUAAGUAUUUCGAAGCCCAAAUAUUAAAAUCAGAAACGUUUUUGAGCAUACU